UUCCUUAUUGGCUUAUAAUUAGGUACUACAUAGUAGAACAUGCUUGCAGAUUCUGUAAUCUCGUCGCCGGUCUUCACGCCUGAAAGCAUGGAGUUUUGCCUAUCUGCACGGCUGUGUGUGUGUCUAUAUAUGUAUAUAUAUACACACACACACUACAACUUCACCUUUCUCCCUACCAUUAUUCUGAAUUCUGAUCAUCUUAAAUUCGUUCUAGUGCUGUUGUGCUAUCGAUCACAUCACAGCUUCAUGGAGCAAAAGAUUGUGAUCCAGCUUUAUCCCAAGCGCCAUAGGGCCCAAAAAUGCCGAUCCAAAGCCUUUACCAUUGCUGCCCAGGCAUAUGGUGUGAGCUGGGUAGAAAUCCAGCAGGAUACAGUAACGGUGACAGGAGAGAACAUAGAUCCAUCCGGGUUGACCACCUUAAUCAGAAAGAAGGUCUGCAAUGCAAGUUUAGAGCUUGUUGAGGAUAUGAUGUGAAUUGAAGCAAUAAUUUUAAGGAUUGAAGCUGCAUGCAUGCAUGUGUCUCUGCGCUAUGCUAUACGAUUCAAUCUUCUGUUUCCUAUAAGAAAUUAUGACGAUGAUAUGAUGAUGUGUAAUAAUUAAAUUGUUAAUGUAAUGUUUUUUUUUUUUAAUGACGAGAAAAAUUUACAACCACUAAUUAAGUUAA